ACUUUCGGCGUAGGUAGGAGAAAAAAUAAUAUUAUAAAUCUGUGUAGAGCGUCGUGGCGAGAUGCAAUCAAAACGCUUUGCCUUAGUAGGUAAUUAGAGUCAAGUGUGUGUUCUAUUUCCCGAUGUUGUAUAUAUCAAAGGCUUGUAAGUUUCAUGGAUUUUAAAAUUACCUAAUUCUAUCGAAAUUACUUAACAUUUUGAGGUAUACUUCUCUACUACCUACCUACCUACUCAUGAAAUAAGAAGCUCCGGCCGGAUAUUAUGAAAGUGAUUGACAAGAGAACGGAACUACCAACAUGAUCAUCAAAAUGAAAACGACCUGUCUCUUUCGUUUAACUUAAAAAAAAAGAAACAAAACAUUUCAAAAAGAUCAACAGAAAAAUUGAGCCAAUCACACAACAUUAUUUGAAUUUCAUUCUAUCUUGUUGAUGCGUGGCUUCGUUACUUCGUUAGUGUUUCUGUAUUUGUAUCCGAGAGACGGUUUGUUGUUGUCUGGUGUCAAUAUUGUGUUAGUUCUGAUAAUAUUUUUGUGAUUAAUUUUGAACAAAUGAAUUAAAAUUUCUUAAUUAAAAUCCAGAGACAUUUAGCAUCAGUUUUUUUUAGUAAUUAAUAGAUGGUCAAGGAAUUCAUAGCGACGGCGGGUAACGAAUAUAUUCGUUGCGUGUGGUUCUGAUGUUAAUUUUAGAACAAAUUAGUGAUACUCGGUUAAUAUUACAGUAUGUCUACUCGUAGUGGUAGAAUUAGAUUGAGUGUUCGGGAGACAAGUCCGGUGCAGACAAGGAAAAGAGUUUCGCCGUCUCGUUCUCCCGCCAGAAGUCGAAAAAACUCCCCUCGAGCAAGGAAGGUAUCUCCUGCGCAUCCUGCUAAAAAAUCGCCCAACCAAAGAACUCCAACUAGAAAGUCGCCUAGCCGAAAAACCUCAACCAAUUUUUCUGUUCGCAAGUCUCCUGCUCGUGCUCCUAAAGAGGUAAAGCCUACAGCUGAGGUAGCACCAGAAGUGGUUCGGCAAUCACCUUCAAAACGCCCAGCUUUAAAAUCCAAUUUGUCUGUUAAACUAGAAGAUUUGACUGCCAAUUUUGAAAGCCUACGCAAUGCUCGUAACAGACGAAUCGAUUAUACGUUGAGAGAUGUUACAUCGACUAAUAGCCAGAUUAUAAUAGAAAGUGUGAAUGGAGUAGAAUCUAAAAAUUAUCACAAUCUUAGAAACAGAAGGUCAGUUGAAGAAUUACCCCCACGUAGAUCGAGUAGACUUCGGGAUUUUAUUGACAGAUUUGAUCAUGAUACUGCUGAUGGUAUACACAGUAUGGGCAGACAUAGUGUGAGUAAAUCAGUUAGUAAGAGCAAAUCAGUUGACACAUUCUCAGAUGAGGAACGUUCAGAGGAUGAGAGUAAAUCAAGGCCAAUUACAAGGAAGCUGGCUACACCAAUCAGAAGCAGUGUUAGCACUUUGAAACAAAUAUCAAGCAAAUGGGAAUUUGGUGGGAGAUUGGGCUCAGCAAUUUUAAUUUUCCUCAUACCAAUCACAGUGUUUGCUAUACUUAUUUCAUGUAGCAAUAAAUGCUCUACUAGUAUAGAUGUAGCAAAACUUAAGGCUUUCACACCAUGGUUCAGUUAUAAUUCUCUUGCCUUCAUCAUCGCCCAGAUUCUUGUACAAUCAGUGUUUUUAGCUGUGCCUGUAAUGGGAACGAUAGCUGAUGGCAUGGAUGGUACUGAUAGAAAAUAUUGUUUUAAUGGAUUUUCUGCUUCAUUAUUUACUGUAAAUACAGUAUUUUUAUUUGAUUACUUGAAAGUAAUAAACAAGAAUAUCCUCAUAAAUGAAUUUAUACAACUUUCUAUGAUUUCUUAUAUAUUAGCCAUUUUUUUGAGUAUUAUUUUGUAUCUCAAAAGCAAAGGACUGCAGGAGAAAGAGUUGAAUGCAUAUGGUAAAACUGGCUAUAUAUUGUAUGAUUUUUUCAUGGGUUGUGAAAUUCAUCCUCACAUCAAGGGAUUGAAUAUGAAAAUUUUGAUCUCCAGAAUCUCUAAUAUCACAUCUUUGAUUUUAACACUGAUUAUAUUCUCACGUGGCCUUCAACUUCAACUGGAAAAAAACGAUACGCUAACCUUAGAAAACUACAAAGAGAUCCUGAACAAAUUGCAUUUUCAACCGACAAUUCUGAUUUUUUCAUUGAUGCAAAUCAUAUACGCACUGAGUUUUAUUUUACGAGAAUAUAAAAUAACUAGUACUUUCUAUUGGCAGUCAGAAGGGCUGGGUUACCUUCAGAUUGUCUCUAGUGCUCUCUAUCCCUAUUAUUUUACCUCAAUAUCUAAAUAUGUAGCGGAUAAUAAUGUAAUGUUAUCAACUAAUGCUUUAAUCUUCGCUUGUCUCUUAUUCACAUUGGGAUUCUUUGUAAUGCUGGUUAGUAACAACAUUAAACAUGAAUUCAGGACAAACCCUCUUCAACCCAGCUUGGCAAAUGUAGAUUCAAUGCCGACUUUCCACGGUAAGAAACUACUCGUGUCCAACAUGUGGGGAUUCCUGCGUCACCCGAACUACACGGGCGAUAUUUUGAUUCAUAUAGCUUUAUCGUUGCCCGGGCUUCUUUCUGGACGGUACAAUGCCUCCGCCCCAGCCUUUUUAACUAUUUUAAUAUUGUUGCAUCGUUCCUGGCGAGAUCAUGACAGAUGUAAGAGACGUUACGGUGCCGCAUGGCAAAGAUAUUGCAACCGUGUGCCUUCGGUUGUCAUACCAAAAAUACUGUAAUUUUUUAAGCCACAGAUGGGUGACGACCGUUCGCUUAGGUUUAACUUUUUUUUUUCUUAAGCCCUACAUACAUCAAUAAGUAAUGGCCACCGAACUUGAGGCAUGGGAUCGGAGUCUAAAUUUUUUAGUAUAACGACUGGCUCGCCCUUCAAACCGGAACGCAUUGCUGUUUACGGUAGGAGUAGGAAUAGGCGGGAUAGUGGUACCUGCCUGUGGGAGCUCACAAGACAACCCACCGUUUGAAAUAUAUAUAAUAGUUUUGUAACGGCGGUUUCCCAAGGUACAUGAUUUUGCAGAUCGUCGCACAUCGGGGCUUUACGAAUAAAAUUACUAAAGACAAAAAGAUAAACGAUAAAAAAGUAUCCCUAUAAUGCACCUCUUGAAGCUACGACGGUUUUUGAUACGCUUCUGUCCGCAACAUCAUCCGCCAUGGGAAACCGCCUCUUUUCAAAAGUAAAUAAAGAUUUAGUUAUAAUCAUACUCAUGUAAGUAUCAUUCACAAGUAUUAAAAUUUUACUUAAUACUGUUAAUAAUAGUAGUAUGUUUUCUGGCCUAUUGUUCUUAUUUUUAGUAUAAAAUAAAUAUAGAUAAAAAGCAAAAAAAAA